AUGGAUUGCAAAGUUUGUGUUUGGUCCUCAACAAAUGGGGCACUCAAGUACGUUUUCUUCGGGAACAGUCCUGUCCUUUCGCUGCUGUGGCUCAAGCACUCGAGCACCGACCUCGUGUGUGGGAUGGAAGACGGGACUCUUGCUUUUCUGCGAAUAUCCGAUAUUCUUGUAGAGUUAGACGGGUUUGUGGCCCAUGAGUAUCCCGUCGAAUGCCUCACCGUCUGGGGGAAAUACCUCGUCUCCGGAGCUCAUAACGAGGUCAAGGUAUGGAGUUACUGCAAAAAAAAGGAUUGGUUGAUGAAUGUUUACAUCUCGCGUUGGCGCUGGGACUUUGAAGUCAAAACACCCAAACCAGAUGCAGGCGAGAAGGUCGUCAUGACCUGUUUGCACUGGAUGAGCACUCUCCAGCACCCCUCCGUACUGCUGGCGGUGUAUAGGACCCAUGGCAUCGUAGCCUACGAUGGGAAGUCAGGGAAAUGCCUGCAUUCUGCAUCUCUCCCCGGACGAAUUGCCGAUGGUCGCUUUCUCGCUGUGUCGAAUUCAUUGACAGGCUUCGAAGUAUUCCUCAUGCGCCAGCCCGGAAACGUGGAGUCUCUCUUCACCGCUCAUCAAGACGUCAGUGCCGGGUGCUGUCUCCCAGUCCGCUUCCUUCACCAAGGGACCGCAAUUUUCGGAGGUACAUCGAACGGCAAGGUCAACAUCUGGAAUAUCUAUAACCGACUCAAGCAGUCUCUGUCGUUGGGAGAGGGUGAAUGCGUGUUUGCAAUCGAUAGCUUCUACGAUGCCUCCACCGACAGUUUUUACAUUGCUACCGGGGUAUUCAACAAAAAUGCAGCCUGCCGCAUUAUCCUUUGGAAGGCGGUGGAUGUGGUUGAUGCGCUCGGAGAUGGAUCUCUCAUGCCGACGCUUCCCGCACCUGAACGGACUUUCUUGGAACGAAUUAUCCUUCAGGGUCUUCAAUGGGCCUUGAUGUCGAUAGGGUUGUAUGGCGGCAUUCGUUUUGUUUGGGACAAAGUAGUUGCAUUUAGUCGAGAGUGA